AUGCAGCCAUCCAGAUCCACAGGGACCCCAGGGAGCUUCUCACCCCUUCCUGGGGGGUCCAGUCCCGACCUGCCACGACCGAGACCACCACCACCAUCACGACGGCAAGAGUCGGCGACGUCGACGUCCACAGCCGACGACCUGAACAUACCCAAGGCCCGCGCCGCCGCCGCGCCGUCGCCCACGCCCAUCUACACCAGCUUCACCAACAACAGCAGCACCACCAGCCUACAAAACUUCUCACGACCUACCCUAUCCACCGCCGCCGCCGCCGCCGCCGCCGCCCGGUCCUACUCUCCCGCCACCGCAGAGACAAUAUCACGAAACGGGCCCUCACCCUUGACACUCCCGCCCUCGUCGUCGGCAACAUCCCCAGCAGCAUCAUCCACCUUUUCGUCAAGGGUCGUCUCCCACGCGCGCAAGAACUCGCAGAAUGCGGGCAUGUUUGAGCCUACUCUACCCUCAACCAGCACCUCGAACCUCUCCCAAGUCGUCGUCGGCUUGCAUCACCAGCCCUCUCCCAAAAUAAGCCCGACGCCUCCUCACAGGGAAAUGUCAGCGAGCCAAAUCGCCGCCCAAGCGGCAGUGAUGAGCCACCAGCAAAACCAGCAACAACAACAACAACAACAACAACAACAAAGAAACCAAUCCCCCCACAACCGCCAACGAUCAUCCACCCUACCAAUGCCAAACUCAUCAGAAACAGAACCACCACCCCCCCCAGCCAAAAGAGUAAGCGGCGGACCGACAACAAUGAACCCCCCACCACCACCACCAGUCCUUAGCCUCACCGAAGCGAGCGGUCCGAGAGAAAACGCCUUUGGGGGGCAGACAUAUCACAACGGGUUACUAGGAAAUCACACGCUCGCCGCAACAGCAGCAGCCAACCUCGUCUUUCCCCGAUCGGCGCAAACCUCCCCGGGUCUACAACAAUCCAGCAUGCCUCCUCCCCCUCCCCCAGCGAGCGAGAAACCCCCCAAGCCGGAAAAAUCCAAAGUCCCCAAACUCUUCUCCCGCCCCGUCAAAAUCGGCAGCAGCAAAAGCAGCUCCGACGUGAAGGAGAAGCCGCUGCCCAGUCCAGGCAAGGGGGGUCUGCCCCAUCCGUUUGCGGGGUUGCAGAGAGGAAACUUCAGCACCACGAGUCUGGAGUCGAUGACGACGACGAUGACGACGACGACGACGGGGGGGCAGCAGCAGGGGGGUGGGGGGUUGUACAGUCUGUCCAAUUCGAGUGUGGCGACGAUACGUCCUGCUGGUGAGGAGGGGAGCAAGGAAAAGGAAAAGGAGAAGAGGCACCAUUUCUUGUCGAGGCAGAAAAACAAGUUGAAGGAUGAGUAUCAUUUGCCAUUGAGCUCGGCGAUGAGUAAUUCGAGGCCUACGGAUCCGAGCGCGCCGAGUAGUUUGUAUAAUUUCAACAUACCGCAGAGUCCGAUGGCGGGAUCGGUUGGGGGGUUUAAGAGCGGGUUGGAUUUGAGGCACGGGGGACGGGCGUUGAGGGAGAAGAAGAAUAAGACUGCUGCGAGCGAGGAGAAGGGGGAUGAUGCUAGUAGUUCUGGGGUUGGGAGUGAGUGGCCUGGAGGAGGCGGGAGUGUUAUUUCGGGCGGGGGAGGAUCAGGGGGAGGGGGAGGAGGGUCGAGCAGUGUUACGGCGCCGAGUUUGUAUUUGAACGAGCCGUUUGACAGUCACAAGUACGGGCUGAACAACAUGACGCAUGAUGAUGCGUGGCCGUUUCUAAAGGCAAAGUUGUUGGUUGUGUUUGAGGCGGAGGAUUUGAGGUUGCCGGUGGAGGAUAUCAACCGGGUGGUGACGAUGCAUAUACAGUGGUGCCUGCUGAGGAGGAGUCCGAAUUUGAUCGUGGACGAUUUGAGGGAGCUGUUGACGACGGGGUUUUCGAGUUUGGAUCAGACGUUGAGGAAGACGCCGGAGGAUAAGCUGAUUCCGUUGCUGGUGGAGCUUUGGAUCUUCACUUUUACUGUGAUCCUGCCCUAUAUGCAGGCGGUUUUCUUGCCUCUGGAUCUGGAGUUUGCGGGGAAUGGGCCGUUGAUGACGGCGGAACAGGCGAGGGAUUUUUGGGGGGGUGUACCGACCUCUUCCACUACCAAGUCAUCACCUCCGGGGUCGGAACCGGCCGUCUCCCCGGCUUCGUCGGUGCUUGAGGUCAGGAGGUUGGUCCUCCUUGCUUUUAGGGAUAUUGUCAUACUGCCUCGGUACGACACCCUCAAGUCAAUGUUCUCUCGUCUGUCCCUCGAAUUCCUCCCCCAGAUUCUGGCGAGCAAUGCCCUCGCCUCCCCACCGCUGCCGAUUCCAAGCCCGGGAUUUCACAACCAGGGGAUUGCCUUCCAGCUGUCUGGCUCGCCAGGGGGUGGGGGUGGGAGUGAUGCCUACUUGGUGUCGAGCAGUUCGUUACCGACAGCGCUGAAGGGGAGUGCCCCGCUUGAUCCGGCGACUGCGUCUUACAAUUCCACCACCACCACCCUGUUUGGGGAGGGUUCCAUCGCUGGUAACCGCUCCCGCGCCAUAUCCAACGUUUCGUACGGAAGCGACGGCGCGGUAACGAAUCAGUUCUCGAGACCGUUCACACCCUCGAGCCUCAACGCGUUGGGUGUGGCGGGCGGGGUCGGGGCUGGGGUGGGCGGUGCGUCGGUUUUGUCUUCUGGUCUGGCGGCGAUGACGCAUGCACCGCCGCCGCCGUCCGGGGUUCAUCACAGUCUUAGGGAUCAGAAUGUGGAGGACAGUAAGCAGGUUACCGAGUUAGGGGGGAGGAUGUUGCAGUGUAUGUCUGUGUUGGCGUCGAUUGGGGUUGGGGGUGGGAUUGGGGAGGGGCAACAAGAAGAGGAAGAAGGGAACAGGAAGGUGGAGGAGUUGGGGAAGUUGUUGAAGUUGAAUUGGUUAGGGAGGGGGAGGACGGGGAGGAAUAGGAGGGGGUUGGUUGGGGGACGGGUGAAGAGGGGGGGGAUGGGGUUGGGGUUGGGGAUUGAGGGGGGGAUUAGGGAGGAAGGGGUUGUUGGGCGAGGUUGA